GACUCGUCGCUGCUCUGGGGCACAUACCGGCCGAACAUAUACUUUGGCACCCGGCCGCGCGUGCCCAACACGCUGAUGACCGGGCUUAUGUGGUUUGGCAUGGACGACCCGACAAACUGGCAGCGCAUCCGGCACUCGUGCGAGCUGGGCGAUAAUCUGGCAGAGUACGGGUAUUCGCGGCACAACGGGCGGGAUUUUGGCGAGCAGACGAUGCGCGAUAGCGACCAGGCGGUCGAGAUCAGAUCGCAGUUCAUCAAAGUGCCUGGAGAGCGCGGCGGCAGCUGGGCGGCCGGGAUCACGGGAAAGACGCUGGAGGGGGGCAAGGAGGGGGCAGCGCUCAUGUAUUACUUUGGCAUGGAGGGCAAUGGCACUAUGAAGAUGAGCAUUGAGGACGAUGUGGCAGUCAUCAGGGGACAGACCGAGGAGCUGGGCGAGUUUACGGCGCGCAUUGUGCCAGCGGCCAGCAACAAGCCGCCGAGGCUGCCGAAGAAGCUGCGGAAGGUUAAGGCAGUCAAGGCCGGGCAGAAGGUUGCGGGCCUUGCGAUGAAUGUUCCUGGAGACGACGUGUGGAAGGCCAAGGACCUGUUCAUGGAGCGCCUGCUGCCGGCAGCCCGCAAGCGGGCGCAGGCGAUUGAAAAAGUCGACCCAGGCAACAUGCCGCUGUCGGGAGCAGCGCUGUUCUCUUUGGACAACACAGGUCUGGAGACUGGCGGCAACCUGCUGUUCGCCCAGAUGGUGGUCAAGGGGGAGUUUGCCUUUGACGUCAUCUACGAGUGCUCCGACAAGUCAGCACGCAUAGACAGCGGGACGAUCACGGCUGUUGCUGGUGCCCGCCGCAAGGAAUUCGAUGCGCGCUUUGAGCACACGUUUGGGCUGGCAGCCAAGGGGUUCGAUACCGAGCACGUGGCGAUGGCUCGCAGCGCGCUCAGCAGCCUGCUGGGCGGCAUAGGGUAUUUCCACGGCAGCGGGCUGGUGUCGCCGGACCCCAAGCCAGAGUACGGCGAGCCCGAUGAGAUCGCAGCGCCAGAGCUCAGCACACCGUACUCGCUGUUUGCCACGACGCCGUCGCGUGCGUUCUUCCCGCGCGGAUUCCUGUGGGACGAAGGGUUCAGCCAGCUGCUGGUGGGCCAGUGGGACAAUGACCUGAGCAUGCAAGUGCUGCUGAGCUGGCGCAACACGUCCAUGGGUGGGUGGAUAGCGCGCGAGCAGAUUCUGGGUAGCGAGGCGCGCAGCAAGGUGCCCGAAGAGUUCCAGGUGCAGUACCCAAACUUUGCCAAUCCACCGACGCUGCUGUUCAACGUCGAGGCGUUUAUGCGUCGCCGCCAGGAAAUUGCCAGCCUGCACAAGGCGGGCGAGGGCGGUCUGGUGGACCUGCCGGCAGGCGAGGGCAGCCGGAUGCUCCUGGACCACGAGCUUGCGAACCGCAUGCUGUCGGAGCUUGGCCAGCUGGCCAACGGCAUGCUCGAGUACUUUUUGACCUCGCAGCGCGGGUCCUCGGCCAAGACGGCCAGCGACGAGAGCGCGUUUGCCAGCGGGUUCAGAUGGCGCGGCCGCUCCGAGUCCCACACGCUGACAUCGGGGCUUGACGACUACCCGCGCGCAUCCCCACCCAGCACUGGGGAGCUGCACCUGGACCUGCACGCAUGGAUUGCGUACAUGCAGCGGCUGGUGGAUGAGCUUGCCCUGCAGGGUGUGGGUGGGGGCGAGCCCAUGGCUGACAAGGCCAUCAAGGCGCUUGACGAGCUCCAUUGGAACGAGGACGAGAACAUGUACUGCGACGUGACUGUGCGUGCUAACGAGGACUACGAUGAGCUUGAGGACGACGAGGGGAAUGCCGAGGUGCCCAAGUUUGUGUGCCACCGCGGCUACGUCAGCUUGCUGCCGAUGCUGCUGGGCCUGGUGCCUGCCGAGUCGCCCAAGCUGGGCCAUAUCCUGGAUAUGAUCGAGGAUCCCGAGGAGCUGUGGACCGAGUACGGGCUCCGCUCGCUGUCCAAGAGCGACAAGUUCUAUGGCAAGGGCGAGAACUACUGGCGCGGGCCAAUCUGGAUCAACAUCAACUACCUGGUGCUGUCGUCGCUGCACACAAACUACAUGCACAUCGAGGGCCCGUUCCAGGAGCAGGCUGCCAGAAUCUACACGCGGCUGCGCACAAACCUGAUUGCCAACAUCUUCAAGCAGUACCAGGACACAGCGUUCUUCUGGGAGCAGUACAACCCGGAGACCGGCACGGGCAAGGGCACGCACCCGUUCACCGGGUGGACUACGUUGGUGGUUCUGAUAAUG